AUGGCCGGCAUGCUGUUCGGCAGCCCGCCGGUGCUCUCCACCCGGCGCAGGCCGUCGCCGACGAGCGCCCCCGCGUCCCACGGCAGCUGCCCGGGGUCGUUCGAGGAUGCGCCCCGCGCGGCCAGGCGGUGCAGCGUGGACCAGACCGGGGGCAUGGUGGGGAUGUGCGCGCCGGACGGGUCCGUCUGGGCGCUCCCUGGGGGCUUUCCCGCAGUGGAGGUGGCGUCGCGGCGCGGGCGAGGGCCGACGGGUGGCCCCGGGCUGCUGAGCAUGGAGCUGGGAUGCGGGGGAGACGUGGCGGCGCCGGCGAAGGGCGAUGAGCGCGGUCAGGUCAGCGGCGCGCCUGGCGGGGCGGCUGCGAGGCGCGUCAGGCCGCCUUGGGAGCUGUCGAGGCUGCAGGAGGAGCACGCGGUGUUCAGCAGCGACCUGGUGGUGGCCGCGUACCACCUGGCGGGCUGCGCACACCAGGGCCAGUGGCGCAAGAGCGGCGACCCCGUGCUCUCCCACUGCGCCGAGACCGCCAGGAUCCUCGCCCAGCUGAACGCGGACGAGACGACCGUGGCGGCCGCCCUCCUGCAUGACGUCCUGGAUGACACCUCCACCCCCAAGGACCUCAUCGAGAGCCGUGUGGGGGGGGACGUGCUUGAUCUGGUGCGCAAGGUGGGCAACGUGAGCCGGCUGAGCCAGCUGGUGCGCGACAGCGCCCAUGACUUGGCUGAAGAGGACUACUCGCGGCUGAGGGACAUGCUGGUGGCGAUCAGCGACGCCCGAGUGGUGCUGAUCAAGCUGGCGGACCGGCUGCACAACAUGCGCACGCUUGGCGCCCUGCGUGCCAACAAGCAGGCGCGCGUGGCCGACGAGACGCUGAGGGUGUUUGCGCCGCUGGCAGAGAGGCUCAACGCCUGGAGCCUGAAAUCGGAGCUGGAGGAUCUGGCUUUCGGGGUCCUGGAGCCGGACAGGAAGGCGGCACUGAGGGCGGAGUACGAGGGGAUAAUGGAGAGCCGGCGGGACAGCGAUCUGGGGGGGGCCCUGGAGCGGCUCAAGGCGGGGCUGGAGGGGGAGGGGGUGGUGUGGGAGGACAUCUCUGGCAGGAGGAAGAGCCUGUACGGCGUGGCCAGGAAGAUGGAGAGGAAGGGGUACGAGAGCAUGAGCGAGGUGCCGGACCUGCUGGCGCUGCGGGUGGUGGUGAGGAGCAAGGUGGACUGCUACGCGGUGCUGAGGAAGGUGCAUCAGCUGUGGAGGGCGGUGCCUGGCAGGCUGAAGGACUACAUCAGGAACCCCAAGGCGAAUGGAUACCAGUCGAUCCAUGAGGACGUACAGGCGCCUGACGGCAGUACCUUUGAGGUCCAGAUACGCACCGACAAGAUGCACUACAUUGCCGAGCAUGGGCUGGCAGCCCACUGGCGCUACAAAGAAGCGGGCGAGGCAGGUAGCGUGAGCGAGUUUGUGGCAGCCCGCACCCUAUGGUCACAGUACGUGCUGGGCUGGGUGUUGGAGGUCAAUGACAAGAAGCUCAGGCCCAGUGGCUGUGCCACUGAGGGCUCCAUCUGGAAGACCUGUACAACCUUUGCUGAUGACCGUGGUAGCCGGAUGGAUGGCAGGUUGGGGUGUAGGCACCACGCACAGCCCCCUCCAAGGCCUGUGACGGAGCACGAUUUCUGGGAGCCCCUGUACGUUGCCGUGAGUGGCCCCAAGGGGCUGGAUGUGUGCCAGUUGAGCCGGGGCUGCACCUUGGGCCAGUACAUGCUGACACGGGUGGGCAUGGACUGGCCGACGAGGGGCCUGCCCACUGUGAAUGGGCAGCUCGUGUCGACGGGCUACGCUUUGCGCUUUGGGGACGUGUUGGAGUUUCCAGACGAGAGCCAGGGGUUGGAUGUGUACUCGAUGUCUGGAUUUGCAAACCUGGACUUGGACAAGGCCCCUGGCGGCUUGGAGUCCAUGGGGGAAAGGGACGCGCCCCAAGAGGUGGCCCUUGGGUGA